AUGAAUCUGCCUCUCGUUUCCCUCCUGCUUUCGCUCGUCGCAACUACGCUCGCUCAAUACCCGCCCGUAUCUAAUCUAACUACCAUCACCUCGCCCGUUGAUGGGAACAUCUCGAUCUCCUACAAGUCACCGCCUAUUGGCACCUGCCAGACUGCCUUCCCUACCCAGCAGCAAUAUACGGGAUGGGUGCAUAUUCCUGGCAAUUACUCGACGAACACAUUCUUUUGGUUUAUCUCAGCGCGCGAUCCCACGGAUAAGCUAACAAUAUGGCUCAAUGGAGGACCGGGCUCGAGCUCAAUGCUGGGCCUCUUCACCGGGAAUGGGCCGUGUGAAGUGGUGGAGCUCGCCCAAGGGAAGUUCGGGACGAAGGCUCGGGAUUGGGGCUGGGAUAGAGCGUCAAAUAUUCUCUUUAUUGACCAGCCAAACCAAGUAGGGUUCUCUUACGACAAGCCCACCAACGGUUCACUUGAUCUCCUUACUGGGAACCUGUAUACCCCACCCCAAGUCCUUCCGAAUUCGCAACCUGGAAAUUUGUUCUUGAAUGGCACGUUCAGUUCCCUCAACGCCAACAACACGGCAAAUACUACCGAGAUAGCUGGCAUGGUGAUCUGGCAUAUGCUUCAGGGCUUCCUUGGCGCUUUCCCCCAAUAUAGGCCAAACAGCACUGCCGUAGGGGUCCAUCUCUUUGCUGAAAGUUAUGGUGGAAAAUACGGACCUGCGUUCGCAACUCUCUGGGACAAGCAAAACAAGCGCCGAUCAAACGGAACAAUUUCCACUAAUGGGACAAUUGAUAUCAAGCUAGCCUCGCUGGGAAUAAUCAAUGGCUGUGUGGAUGAUCUUAUACAAGCGCCAUAUUAUCCAAUGAUGGCAGUGAACAACACCUUUGGUUUAACGGCCAUCAACCCAACGAGAGCUCAGUUAGCUAGCGCAAGCUUCUCUUCCUCUGGUGGCUGUCGAGAUCUCAUCAACCAAUGCCGGGCAGCCGUCAAUAGCCAGGAUCAAGAAAAUUCUGGAAAUGUGGCUGGCGUUAAUACCUUAUGCUCUACUGCAUACCGUAGCUGUACUGCCAAUGUCAUGGAACCAUAUCUUGAUGCUGGGCGAAGCGUCUACGAUAUUUCUCACCUACUUCCUGACUCCUUCCCGCCGAGCACAUACCUCGAAUAUCUGAAUACAGCGGACUUUCAGGCUGCGAUUGGCUCUCCGGUCAAUUUUACACAGACAAACGCUCAAGUCGUCAGUGCUUUCCAAUCCACUGGAGACCACGAGCGAGAGUCUUUGGUUCCCAACAUCGCUGCCCUUCUGAGAUCCGGCGUUAGAGUAGGCUUGAUGUAUGGUGACCUCGAUUACAUUUGCAAUUGGCUCGGCGGAGAAGCUAUCUCCUUAGCUAUAGCUGCGCAGACCAGCCCCACAUACGCGUCUCUCUUUCCCACUUCUGGUUAUGCACCUAUCAUCACCAAUGAAACAUACAUAGGCGGGGUGGUCCGCCAGUUUGGCAAUCUUUCAUUUAGUCGCAUAUAUGACGCCGGCCACGCCGUCUCAUCAUAUCAGCCGGAGACCGCAUUCGAGAUUUUUGCCCGAAUUGUUUUUGGAACAUCCAUCUCAACCGGCGAAGUCAUCAACUCCUCCGUGUACAACACCACCGGGCCUUUAAAUGCCACACACACAGAUAAACUUCCUUCCUCCCCCUCACCAACGUGCUACCUACGCAACAUCGGCGAAACGUGCAACGAGGGCCAGAGAAAUAUGAUAAUAUCCAAGAAGGGAGUAGUUAUGAAUAAUGUGCUCUAUACCGACUCGGCAGACUGGAGCACGGCCGUCUCGUCUGCCACGGCCGGAAUCGUCGACCACACAGGUAGCGUGUUGGUCGUAACUACGACACAAGUCCUCACCGGUCUUUUCACCGCCACCUCUACACCGACUAUGACGAAGUCAUUAGGCGCACCUUCUUUCACAGUCCACAUUCUCGGUCUUGCAGCACCUUUAAUAGCAACAUUGCUAUUCGUGUCCUUCUAA